AUGCUAAACGAUUCAUAUAAAAAAUUAGGUUCUGAAGGAACCCAGGCUUCGCUAGAAGAAUUAUUAAGAUUAAUAGAAGAAAGAUUAAGAUUAAUAGAAGAAAAAUUAGAUGUUAUUGAUACUAAAGUCACCUUAAAAGAAAAAAAUUACUAUGGGAAAAAUGAAGAUGAUGAAAUUACUGAAAUUACUGAAAUUACUGAAGUUACUGAAACUACUGAAGUUACUGAAGAUAAUGAAGAUAAUGAAGUUGUAUAUGAUCUUGAAGAAAACCCAAAUAUAUAUGAAGGAAUUGAAAAAUAUGAAUUCCAUGAAUUUACAUCAAAUAUUAAUUCUAAUUUAAAUUCAGGAGAAAUAAGAAUUUAUGUUUACGAUCAAGAUAUAUUUACACUUCCAUCUGAAGCUUUUCUCUUGUUUGAAGGAAGACUUGUAAAAGCAGAUGGAAGUGCAUAUGCAAAUACAGAUGCAAUAACACUAACACACAAUGGAAUUAUGCAUUUAUUUAGUCAAAUAAGAUACGAAUUAUCAUACGAAGAAGUAGAAUCAGUUGAUUUUUCAGGUCAAGCAACUACAUAUAAAGAUACUACAUCAACAGCAGAUUUAGUUAAUAAUGCAGGAUUUUCAGCAAGACAGCAAUAUAUAAUUCAAAUGCCAACUGAAAAAGGUUCAUUUGAAUUUAGUAUUCCAUUAAAGCACAUUUUUGGAUUCUGUAAUGAUAAAAACAAAGUUAUUUAUGGAAUUAAACAAAAACUAACUCUUUUUUUUAAAAUAAUUGAAAAUAAAUUUACACUUCAAUUACCUUUUCUUUCACGACAGUGUGGUACUAAAUUUGUUCCACAAAAUACAUCAUUUGACUGGAGAUUAGGAAUAAGAACUACUAAAAAACCUAGAUAUAUACUUGUUGGUUUUCAAACAAAUAGAGAAGGAAAUCAAGAACAAAAUGCUUCAUUGUUUGAUCAUUGUGAUUUAAAAAACAUGUGGAUAGAACUUAAUGAAGAAAGAUAUCCUGCUUCUGAUUAUAAUUUAUCGUUCUUAAAUCAACAAUUUUCAAGUGCUGAAUAUAAAGAUUUAUACCCACUUAUGUUUUUUGAUGUGAGUGAGCAAUCAGAAAAAAUAAAAUCAUCAAAAAAAGUAAAUAUUAUACUUAAAGCAGAAUUUAACACACCUGUUCCAGCAGGUACUAAAGCAUUUGCUGUUGUAAUAUCAGAUAGAAUAGCAAAACUUACUUAUAAUGUAUUUGGAUUAAGAUUUGAAUAUUAG